UCAAGGGAGUUUGAUGGUUCUUACGCCGAGUGUCCGAGCUUGCGGGGGCGGAAAAAAGUCACUCGAAAGCGGGCGUCUGACUGGGAGAAGCGGCCUUCUCCGGUGCUUGGAAGUUUGACUUUCCUCCCCCUUCCCCUUUGAUUGUGUUUCAAACAAGUUCGUCGCCAUGCCGGUGUUUCACACGAAGACGAUAGAAAGUAUCCUUGAGCCGGUGGCUCAGCAGAUCUCCCAUCUGGUGAUCAUGCAUGAGGAGGGCGAGGUGGACGGCAAGGCGAUCCCCGACUUGACGGCACCGGUGGCGGCCGUGCAGGCGGCGGUGAGCAACCUGGUCCGGGUGGGGAAGGAGACUGUGCAAACCACAGAUGACCAGAUCAUGAAAAGGGACAUGCCGCCGGCGUUUAUCAAAGUUGAGAAUGCUUGCACUAAGCUGGUCAAGGCCGCCUCCAUGCUGAAAGCCGACCCGUACUCUGUUCCCGCCCGGGACUACCUCAUCGACGGCUCCCGGGGGAUCCUCUCCGGAACGUCGGACCUGCUCCUCACCUUCGACGAGGCCGAGGUCCGCAAAAUAAUCCGGGUGUGCAAAGGGAUCCUGGAGUACCUGACCGUGGCGGAGGUGGUGGAGUCCAUGGCGGACCUGAUCACGUACACAAAGAACCUAGGACCAGGAAUGACCAAAAUGGCCAAGAUGAUCGACGAGCGGCAACAGGAGCUGACUCACCAGGAGCACCGGGUCAUGCUCGUCAACUCCAUGAACACGGUCAAAGAACUGCUGCCUAUCCUCAUCUCGGGUAUCAAAAUCUUCGUGACCACCAAGACGUCGGGCAGCCAGGGCGUGGAGGAGGCCCUGAAGAACCGCAACUUCACCUUCGAGAAGAUGAGCGCUGAGAUCGUGGAGAUCAUCAGAGUGCUGCAGCUCACGUCUUGGGACGAGGACGCCUGGGCCAACAAGAAGGACACAGAGGCCAUGAAACGAGCUCUGGGACUCAUCGACUCCAAGAUGGCUCAGGCUAAGAACUGGCUGCGCGAUCCCAACGCUCCACCAGGUGACGCGGGCGAGCAGGCCAUUCGGCAGAUCUUGGACGAAGCCGGGAAAGUGGGAGAAUUGUGUGCGGGGCGGGAGCGCAGGGAUAUUCUGGCCACCGCUAAGACUCUGGGUCAGAUGACGGACCAGGUGUCGGAGAUGAGGGCCAGAGGUCAGGGCGCGUCCCCGGCCGCCGUGCAGAAGGCCCAGCACGUCUCCCAGGGUCUGGACGUCCUGACCGGCAAGGUGGAAAACGCUGCCCGCAAGCUAGAGGCCAUGACCAACUCCAAGCAGGCCAUCGCCAAGAGGAUGGACGCCGCCCAGAACUGGCUGGCCGACCCCAACGGCGCUCCGGAGGGGGAGGACAACAUCAAGGCGCUCCUCAUGGAGGCCAAGAAGAUCGCAGACAUGUGCGAGGACCCCAAAGAACGGGACGACAUCCUGCGCUCCAUCGCAGAGAUCGCCAGCAUGACCGCCAAGUUGUCGGAUUUCAGGAGACAGGGAAAAGGCGACACCCCCGAAGCCAGAGCCUUCUCCAAACAGAUCGCCACAGCCCUGCAGAAUCUGCAGUCCAAGACCAACAAGGCCGUGGCCAACAGCAGGCCCGCCAAGGCCGACGUCCACUUGGAAGGGAAGAUCGAGCAGGCCCAGCGUUGGAUCGACAACCCCGCCAUCGACGACAACGGCGUGGGUCAGGCGGCCAUCCGCGGGCUGGUAGCGGAGGGCCGCAGGCUGGCCAACGCCCUGCCGGGCCCCUACAGGCAGGAGCUGCUGGGGAAAUGCGAGCAGGUGGAGCAGCUCAUGGCCCAGUUGGCCGACCUGGCGGCCCGCGGCGAGGGCGACUCCCCUCAGGCGCGCGCCAUCGCUCACCAGCUCCAGGAGGCCCUGAAGGACCUGAAAGGGAAAAUGCAAGCGGCGAUGACUCAGGAGGUUUCCGACAUCUUCAGCGACACCACCACGCCCAUCAAGCUACUGGCAGUGGCCGCCACCGCACCGCUGGACGCGCCCAACAGGGAUGAGGUUUUCGACGAGCGGGCCGCCAACUUCGAGAACCACGCCAACAGACUGGGCGCCACGGCGGAGAAGGCGGCCGCCGUGGGCACGGCCAACAAGAGCACGGUGGAGGGCAUCCAGGCGGCCGUCAAGUCCACCAGGGAUUUAACGCCGCAGGUGGUUUCCGCUGCCAGAAUCCUGCUGAGAAACCCCGGCAACCAGGCUGCGUACGAACAUUUCGAGACCAUGAAGAAUCAGUGGAUCGACAACGUGGAGAAAAUGACAGGUCUGGUGGACGAGGCCAUCGACACCAAGUCCCUCCUGGACGCGUCGGAGGAAGCCAUCAAGAAGGACUUGGACAAAUGCCGCGUGGCCAUGGACAAGCAGCAGCCGCAGAUGCUGGUCGCCGGCGCGACCAGCAUCGCCCGCCGGGCCAACCGCAUCCUCCUGGUGGCCAAGCGCGAGGUGGAGAACUCGGAGGACCCCAAAUUCCGCGAGGCGGUCAAGGAGGCGUCCGAGCAGCUCAGUCAGACCAUCUCGCCCAUGGUCAUGGACGCCAAAGCGGUGGCCGGGAACAUCCAGGAUCCCAAUCUGAGGAAGGGCUUUAUGGACUCGGGUUAUAAGAUUCUCGAUGCGGUCGCAAAGGUCAGGGAAGCGUUCCAACCUCAGGAACCCGACUUCCCACCGCCGCCUCCUGAUUUGGAACAACUUAACCUUAACGAGGAGCCGGCUCCGCCCAAGCCUCCUCUUCCCGAAGGCGAGGUGCCUCCGCCCAGGCCUCCGCCGCCCGAGGAGAAGGACGAGGAGUUCCCCGAGCAGAAGGCCGGAGACAUGGUCAACGAGCCCAUGAUGGUGGCCGCCAGGCAGCUCCACGACGAGGCCCGCAAGUGGUCCAGCAAGGGUAACGACAUCAUCGGCGCGGCCAAGCGGAUGGCGCUGCUCAUGGCGGAGAUGUCGCGACUGGUGCGCGGCAGCAGCGGGAACAAGCGCGCCCUCAUCCAGUGCGCCAAAGACAUCGCCAAGGCUUCCGACGAAGUCACGCGGCUGGCCAAGGAGGUGGCCAAGCAGUGCACCGACAAGCGCAUCCGGACCAACCUGCUCCAGGUGUGCGAACGCAUUCCCACCAUCAGCACACAGCUUAAGAUCCUGUCCACGGUCAAGGCCACCAUGUUGGGUCGGACCAACAUCAGCGAAGAGGAGUCGGAACAGGCUACCGAGAUGCUGGUCCACAACGCUCAGAACCUGAUGCAGUCCGUAAAGGAGACGGUGCGGGAGGCCGAGGCGGCUUCCAUCAAAAUCCGCACGGACGCUGGCUUCACCCUGCACUGGGUCCGCAAGACCCCUUGGUAUCAGUAAGGACCGAAGGAUCCAGGACCCCAACUGGCGGCGCUGUCCGCGUGGACACUGAAUGGGCAGAAAAAGCCUCACCGGGGCUUCCAUUCUGACUGUGAACGUCUGUACAAAAGUGUUGACAUAUCCCGGGAAUAUAUCUAUUUGGAUUAGAAAUUGCAGUUCUUAUAGCGUAGAUUUCUUGCUUGACAUAUUGACAUCGUCAUCCUGGUUACCGCGUCUCACCCCUGCAAGACUGUAUACGGUGAACCACGCGCAUAUUUGUGAAUUUGAAGAUUUUGAAGUAGCGCUUUGCUGUCAUCUUGUGGCAUCGCGGUGCAAGGGAACUAUGUUGAAGUGAGUUGAUAGCUUCAUAUAGACAAAAGUUGUGCUUUGCUGCCAUUUAGUAGCAUCUUUAGGCAAUCAUAAACCUUUUUAAGGGGGAGGGGGGGGGGGGGGGUCAAUUACUCCCAUAUUUUUGCCUACACACAUUUUAUUUGUUUCCUCCAAUGUUUAAUGAGCCUCGGCACAUACUGUAUUUCACCUUAGAAAAAUCACAUGGCACACCACCAAACAAAAAUUGCUUACAGUGCAUUUACUGUAAAACUGACACAAAAUAGAAAAGAAAUUGAAAUAAAUGUCUAUUUAAACUUCAGUGUUCUCCCAACCCACAUAGAAACUAAAGUCUGCUAGCUUAAUGCUAACAUAUAAUGGAAAAACGCCAUAAGGGAAAUCAGCAUUGAUUUUUUUAUUUUUUUUUUUCAGACCAAGUAGGUGAAAUUGGAUCAUUGUCACAGUGGUGCGGAAUCUGAUUUACACGACUCUUCGCUGUAUAAACACAAGCAUACAAGAGAGAAACUUUUUUUGGGGGGGGUGUGGUUUAUUUUCCUUUCUAGCAAAUUUCCUCUGCUAAAGAAUGUUCUUCAGAUGCUUUUGUUGCGUAGAGAUUAAAAUGCUGACGCUAUGGAAUUUGCAAAAACAAUCCCGACCACCAAUGUGCCUUUGGAGCAGACUUUGCAAUUGACAAAUUUUUAGAAUGGUUAGUAUCAUUUGCACACACACACACAAAAUGUAAAGCCACACUUGCCUCGCUAUGCAAAUACCGUACUGCGGUGGGUUUAUUAACAGUGUCUCCGAAUCAUGUUAAGUGUACUCAAGUGGCGAAAAUUGGGCCACGAUAUUGUUCACAAUUUUUUUUUUUUGUAAUAAAGCAUUUUAUAGCACGUAA